AUGCAGGAGUUCGGGAAACUCCAUCCCGGCCUCGCUCUCGGGCCAGGAAAAUUAGAGAGCCCAGGAAAAUUAGAGAGCUUUCCGCCUUUAAUUUCUGCUGCUGCAAACUUUUCAAAGAACACACCCUCUGAAUUUGCAAUUGAUUUGAUCAAUCAAGAGACCAAAGAUUCUGUUCUACCUGGUGAAAUUGUGCUUAUGCCCACUCAAUUGGCAGGUCCCCUGCCUCCUAAGGUCGCAGGUUUAAUUUUACCCAAAUUUUCUGCGGCAAAGGAAGGAAUCCAGGUUAUUCCUGGAGUUCUGGAUCCUGACUAUGUAGGCACAAUAAUGGUUCAACUCUGGAGCCAUAUGCCCAUGCAAUUAAAAAGGGUGAGUCUUGGGCGCAUUUGGUGGUGCUCCCUUCUCAUCCUACUGCUUCUAUUAUGGAUACUAAUUUGCACGAGCUCUCUUCUUUCCCUCCACAGCUGUUAGCUGUAGUCCAGAGGAUUGGUGAGAAGAAACUUCUUCGUAAGUAUAAAAUCAAUGGUAUUGUGCUGGAAGGCUUGAUUGACACAGGCGCAGACGUUUCUGUAAUUUCUAGUAGUUGCUGGGACCCCACGUGGCCCCUUGAGUCUGCCUCUGCAGUCUGGGGUGUGGGUGGCCCCCAAACCUCUUCCAAAAGCGUACAGUGGCUGCCUGUUUCUCUGCCUGAUAGCUCUGAAACCAUUGCUUACAUCCAGCCCUGUGUGCUGAAAAUCCACCUCAAUCUGUGGGGAAGAGACUUACUACAACAAUUACAAGCUACCAUUCAAUUUAAUGAGUAA